GUUUAUGAGGGUUUUCUCACAAAUUUUGUAUUGAGCAGAAAGAGUGUUUCAGUAUCGGUGUCAGUUCUCACCUUAACAUUUAUAUCGGUAGACCGUUGGUACGCAAUAUGUUAUCCUCUGCAAUUCAAGAGCUCGACAACAAAUGCCAAAGUCAUAAUAAUAUUUAUCUGGACAAUUUCAUUCCUACUGGUUCUCCCGGACGCUAUUGUUUUGAACACCCAAAAACAUCUAAACAUCAAAGUUGAAACUUAUUACCUGACGGACUGCAGCUAUACCUGGGACAGCCGUUACACCUGCGUCUAUCAGAUGUAUAUUUUCGUUGUUCUCUACAUUCUCCCUUUCAUUCUGAUGUCAAUCACUUACUCCCAGAUUGCCAAAGUAUUGUGGAAUAAAGCCAUUCCUGGUUCAUCAGAGACCACCCUUCAUCAUCACACCAGAAGAGGAAACCUUAAAGCAACAGGAAGAAGAAGGACUCCAGAUUCUGAUCCAGUGAAUCCUAACUGUGAUGGGCAAAUACGAUCCAGACGCAAAGCUGCUAAAAUGUUAAUUGCAGUAGUUGUAAUAUUUGGCUUGUGCUACCUUCCCGUUCAUUUGAUCAACACUCUGAGAUACACAGUUGGUAUCCCCCAAUCAGAUGUGACCACUGUUGCUUCGCUUCUGUCUCAUUGGCUGUGCUAUGCUAACAGUGCUGCCAAUCCCGUCAUUUACAAUUUCAUGAGCGGAAAAUUCCGCAAAGAAUUCAAAAAUUCUUUUGCUUGUUUGUGUCUUCGACGAACGUACAGAGGGCGCUCUAGAAACACUGCUAAUGCUUAUAAAUCCCGCUUUACAAGUUCUACCACGCAUUUCGAAAACAUCAACCUUAAUUCGAUCACGCAUUACUCGUAAUUGAGAACAAAGAGACGAGAAGUGUGAAAAUUUGCCCCAGUGAACACCUUCGAGUUCAACUACCAAGAUGGGGCUUAAAUGUUUUAUCUAUGCUACAUUUCCUUAGGUAGGCUGGCAUGAAAUCAGAACAUUCCCAACAUGUACUCCAAGAUAGAUGGGCUCUGUCACAUUAUAGAACUCCUGCAGCUGAGUAUAGUAAUAUGUUUCCUAUUGACGCAUUCCGAUCAAGUUGCAGUAAAUAGGCUUGUUUUCCAUGAUCAACUGCGCCAGAUGACGAAAUCUACCAAAAAUAUGUUUCCGGUCAUUCGUCAUUGCAUACAGUUCGUUUCUUUUGAAACAAAAUUUUGAAGCUUAUAAGAAUUAGGUGUUACUAUCAAUAAAAACAAUACAAAAGAAAUAUAAAUCUAAUAUUUGGAUCAGAACCGAGAAUUACACAGUUUUUCUUGUGUUUAUUUAAAGGAAAUGAUCUAACUUGGAAAACUUCCUUUACAACAUUGUUAAUCUUUCUGCUUUUAUAUCCUAUUGUAUAAUGUUAUUUAUCUAUUCAAUUAAUUGUAUCACAAAGAUCGAGCUGUGACUAGUCUAAAUGUCUUAAUUAUUGUGUCAUAAGGUAUAUUCUGGUAACUAAAUAUUGUGUAAUAAGGUAUAUUCUGGUAACUAAAUAUUGUGUAAUAAGGUAUAUUCUGGUAACAAGAUAUUUAACUAGUGGUAACACCUUUUGUGAAGACAUUGUUUUUGUGUUCUGUUCUACUGCUGGGAGUGUCGUGUAAUUUAUUACUGGCUGUUAUUUAUAUUCAUACUGUCAGUUCUUCUGUUGACGUAAGAUGUACACUUGUAACCUUAUUGUAUUAUUUACUCUUUCGAUGUUGCUGUAAUGGAUCUGAAG